AUGGCUGCUCCUAAUGCCUCUGCUGAUGAGUCGCCGGCUGUACCAUCUCCUGAUGCCACCGCUGCUCCCACUGUUGAACAAGCUAUGGAAGGUUCUGAGAACCAGGAGAUCCCCAGCCCGGCUCAUCCAGAUGAUCCGGACGUUGAGAUCACCCGGAUUGAGUUUGUCGAACCGGGACGACCUACCGUGCUGGCCAAGUGCUCUGCCAAGGAAGAACUUAUGGAGCGCCGCCGGGCCAAGUUGGACAUCACUGGUUAUGCUCAUCUGAGCAUUGAAGAUAUUGUCUCUGGCUAUGUAAAUCAAGUGCACAACAGCCGGGAUCUGGAGAUUGACAUGGUGAAACAAAUACAGCAAGAAUCUGAGGCCGCCGUCAAGCAAUUUGAAUCGAAGAUCUCUGAUUUAAAGAACCGCCUGAAGACUCAAGAAAAUGAAACCCAAAAGGCCAACUCCAAGUUUGAAUUCAGUGUAUCUGCUCAAGAGAAACUGAAGAAGAAAUUUGAAGCAGAGAGAAAAUCCUGGGCGGAUGAAAAGACGGCUUUGCUCAGCCGGGCCGAACAAGCCCCAGGAGCUCCAAUCUUAAUCAAAACAUGCUGA